CUCUACCCUCUCUCUUUCUCUCUCUCUCCUCUUCUAUCUCCUUAAACACCCUCUCUCCUUAAUCCUCUUCCUCAUCCCGAUCCCAAUCUGACUCCGGCCUUUACUAUCGCUUCGAAUACUGCACCAUCCACUUCCACUAUGGAGGACAUAUCCAUUUUUGCCAUCCCACAUCUCAAGGACGAGGUCACCCAGUAUCUCACCAGGUGCGACUUGGCACAGUGUUCCCUUGUCUCCAAGCAAUGGUCCUCCUGGUUCACACCAACCCUUUGGCACACCAUCAAUCGUCGUCAUCCCCAGAUCGAAUCUUCAACUCUGAUAAAGUACCGUGACCAUAUCCGGGAACUCAUCGGCGUCGACACUGCAUUCGCAUCCAAGGACGACCUAUGGCCUCUUCCCAACCUCCGGCGCCUGGAACAGGACAAUGGACACAGCCUAUUCACUAUGGUCGAAUCCAAUCUCAGGCUACUCCGCUUGCUUCAGAUGACAGAACUAUUCUUUCUACGGACCCUCAAGCUCGAGCUCUUUCUCGAUCUUGAGUCAGUCCAGGCUCGGCUACUCGAGACAUUGUUACACCUCCCUCAACUCAAAAAACUCGACCUCCAAUCCCGCAAACAUGCCUCUCCAAUUUAUAUCCAACAGCUGAUCCAGACCUGCAGCCGCCUUGAUUCAUUGACCUUGGGCUUUGAAAGUUACGAUGAGGAUUUGAAUGAGAAGUCAAUGGCGAGGCGUCAAGCUGCUAAACGUGCUAUGGAGCUCAUGCCGGUGACCCGACUGCGAGAGCUGAAAUAUUACUUUGAGCAGCCAGAUCAGGAAAGAGCCCUCUUGCCGUCGCUUCUGAGGCGCUGCCCUCUAUUGGAAAGUCUCGAUAUAAGGCCAAUCCGCGGUCCCCGGGCAUUGAAAGAGAUCAUGUCCGUCUUUGAAGAUGGAGCGUGUCCGAGGCUGAAACGUCUAUGCCCAGGUAAUACUUUCUUCGUCAAAUCAUUUGAAGGCGAUGUGGGGCUACUGCGGCCGCUUGCACGUAAGAGAGAUAGUAACUACACCGGCAACGAUACUUGGAAUCAGGAGAGACAAUGUGGGCUCGAGAGCUUUGCUGUGGUAAAUGGUAAUUUCGAGAGCACACUGGCACUAGCCCUCGUGGAGUAUCAUUCCACAACGCUGACGUCUCUGAAGGCCCCAAGGACCACAAUCCACUUGUCUGACCUUGCGACACUACUCAGUGGCCUUCCGAGACUACAAUCGCUGGUGACCAGAGUCGACUUGGCUGAAAGACUCGAUCUUGCUGAAUGUAUGGAAGCGGCAUUGCAGAAGCAGUGGGUUUGCUUAGGUCUAAAGCAUUUGUCGUUGACUUGGAAGGGGGGGUCAAAGGAUAUGAGGAUCAUUCGGGAGCGGCAUGUCAACAGCAUGACGAACCGUUGUAUGCAUUAUAUCUUUGAGCAGGUGGGAAGACUGAUAGAGCUGGAGGAAUGGACCCUCGAACGCGAGUUUGAGCUACUGUACCUGUCAGAUGGGUUCUUGAUCUGGCUAUCGGGCCUAAAAAGAAUGAAAUCGUUAGUUUAUGAGGCUAGGCAGCAGGAUCAGCAACUGGAUGCAGUGGAAGCAGAGUGGAUGAUCGAGAACUGGCCAGCUCUGAUUCAUAUUGUACUUCGCGGCGUGAAUGGCAACAAGUUAUCGAAAGAAGGUCAGCUAGCAGAAGACCAAUUCAAGGCCACGCUCAAGGAAAGACGACCAUGGAUACAUAUUGAAUAGGAUCGCUAUAUAAUAAAGCCAUCACCAUUAGCAGCUCAUCUUCUCAGUUCGGAGAAAAGGAG